GUUUUCGUACCUAGUAAAUUACACGUUUACACUAAACUUGUGCUACAUUACCGUGAUUUCGAUAUUACACGUUCUUAUUUUACCUCAACGGAGAUAAUAACCAAGGCAGUCUAUUGUUUACACGAGUGUUAACUCGGAUGGUGGUUGACAGUCUGCAUAAACUCGCGCUAUCUGAUAGCAACAUAGCACAGAAGAGUGGACACGACAGAAAAGAAAGUUGACAGCCGGUGGCAGGGCAUAUUCUUUCGGUGGCUCCUCUCCAAAUACCACUGAACUGCUGAUGUAAUGUCUUGAAAAACGAGAGGGACAUCUAUCCGUUCUCUUUACUGAGAUAAACUGUCCACCUGCUCAUGGCGUGCGCCAAAGUGCCCCUGGAUGAGCAACAUGUCACCGAAAUAGUGGGGCCAAUGGGGCGGGAGCAAACGCUGCCUGCAUUGCACCCAGAUCGCAAGGAAGAGCGUUGCUUCAUUGCAUACAAGCCCCCUCCUGAGCAGAACUCUUCAGCACAGAUCGAGGAGUACCUGGAACAAGCUCAGUUCAUAUCUGAGGAUUUGGAUUGGUUACUGUCACUGCCCCACGACAAAUUCUGGUGCCAGGUGGUGUUUGAUGAGUCUCUGCAGAGAUGCCUGGACUCAUACCUGAGUUGCGCCCCGCGCUCCUUGGACAUGGAGCUGCCUGUGGCCUCCCCCGCUGUGGCCGACAUGCAGCGCACCAUACACCGCGCCGUCUUCAUGGUCUUCCUCAGAAUGGCCACGCACAAGGAGUCCAAGGAAAGCUUCAUCACCCCGGAAGUGUUUGGAGAGAUCAUCUACAACAACUUCCUGUUUGACAUUCCAAAGAUCAUGGACCUCUGCGUACUCUUUGGGAAGGGCAAUGCCCAGCUCCUUCAGAAGAUGAUUGAAAACAUUUUCACACAGCAGCCUUCAUACUACGGUGACCUGAAUGAGACGGUCCCCUCUAUCCUCCAGGUGCUAGACACAGUGCUGGAGAGGUGUGGCCUUCAGUCUGAGGGAGCGAUUGCCGUUGAGCCUCUGAAGCUGAACUCCCACGGACGCCCCAACCUCAUCACCAUGCCCCAACAGGACCUGAUGGAUCUGAUGGUGUACAUGUGUGACACGUGUUCCACGCUCCACUCCUUCCUGGAUAUCUUCCCUGCUGCCUGCCAAACAUUCCGCUCUCACGGCUUCCUCAGCAGACUAUCUUCAUUUUAUGAGCUGAUCGUUCCUGACUUGGAGAAAGCUGUGAAAAAGAGGAAUUUUGACCGAAGUGUUCAGGAGGAGGUGUGGACGCGACUGUGCCACUCCCGCAAGAGGAUGGUGGAGAUCGCACACCUGCUGCUACAGCACACCUGCCUGCAACCCAUACUGGAGGGAGCUGACAACACGCUGUCAUAUGUGGAGGAUUUGCUUCAGAAUUUCACAAAUUUUAUUCAAGAGAAAAGGUUUCUGGCGGACUAUGACGAGCAGUUCCCACUAGCAGAUGACAUCAGUCUCCUACAGCAGGUCUCCCCAAUUCUAGACGAGACGCGCACCUCCUACCUCCUCCAGGCGGUGGACAGUGCCUGGGACAGCGUGGGCAAGAAGAGGGGCAAGCGGCCCACGCCCACACCCUCCUCUGCAGCAGCAGCAGCAGCCAAAGGAGCCAGGGCUAGAGCUGGAACUGGAGUCGGUGCUGAUGCUGUGGCUGGAGCAGGGGCUGCCUGGGGGGAUGACUUUGCCUCUGAAAGGAGAGAGGUGGAGGGAGCCGAAGCUGGACCAUCAUCAGCAGUGGUGGACUUCCCUCGGAAAGGAGAUAAUGGGGCAAUGUGCACGGUGAGUUCCGGGGAGCUGGAGUCUCUCUUGACCUGUAUCCGGGACCUGCUGCCGGACCUGGGGGAGGGCUUUGUGCUGGCCUGCCUGGAGGAGUACGGCUACAACUCAGAGCUGGUCAUCAACAACAUCCUGGAGGGACGCCUCAGCCCUGCCCUGGACAAGCUGGACAGAGCCAUGCCCAGGCCAGUGAGAGAGGAGCUUCCUCCUGUGCUUGACAGCAGGUCCAACGUGUUUGAUGACGACGAGUUUGACGUGUUCAAAAGGGAUCAAGUGGACAUGUCCCGCGUCUGGAAGGGGAAGAAGAAGGGCCAGAGCGUGCAGAGCCUGCUGGAUGACAAGCAGCACAUCUCGGAUCAGAAGGCCCGCUACCUGGCCUACGAGACGGUAGUGGAUGAGGUGCUGGUGGGGCCAGGUGAGGCCGGGGCCGACUUCCCAUUGGACGUCUACGAUGACGAGUACGAUGACACGUACGACCUCAACCAGGUGGGAGCCAACGACCUUGAUGACGAUGACGACCUUCUGAACCGCAGACCAUUCACCACCCCACUGGUGCUCCAAAUGAGCAAGAAGGCCCAGAACAAAGAGGUAGAGCUGGAAGAGGAGGAUGAGGAGGAUGGCAAGGAUGGCGGGGUGAAGAGGGAUCUGUUCAUCCAGGACCCUGCCGUGCUGAGGGAGAGAGCGGAGGCCAGGAGGGCAGCCAUGCAGCACAGGAGAGGGUACCGCCCCCCUCCGGCGAGCCAGGUGGAGGGCCGUCAAAAAGGCCAGGGCCAGACGCUGGAGACUGUGCUGGACCGCCGGAGGAAGGAGGCCAACAAGAGCCGCGGGGCCAACCACAACCGCCGUUCCAUGGCCGACCGCAAGCGCAACAAGGGCAUGAUACCUUCCUGAUGCCCCCCAACCACACACACACCCACCGAACGAACACAGGUGGGAGGGUGAACAACCGAACAGACUAACUGACAGAUGGACUGAAGAUGAACCUCAAUGACGUGAUGUGACAUCACUCGCUUCAGUGAAAGAGGUGUCGCUGUACUGGACGCAGGCCUUGCCUGUGGGAGAGCCGCCACAUGCAGUACCGUAGGAGAACACGGGGAGGCGCUAGAGUCUUGUCAGAGCCUCCUGAGUGGACACGAGGCUGAUUAAUUAAACUCAUGAUUCAGCUCUA